AAAAACUAAUGGAUUUGUUGUGUGGCGGUGACCUUACUUAAUUUGUUUCGCUAAUGACAAUUUCAUUAUUUCUAACAAUUGUUUAGUAAAAAUUGAGUCAUUUUAUAUUCAUUUAACAAGUUUUACAUAAAAAUGCCUUGCGUUGAAGAAAGUCCCAAGGAAGUAGAUGUUGCUUUGCAAAUCUUGGAUAUUGUUACACCACGCAUCAAUGUAUCGGCUGACACGGAUUCAGAGGUGGUACGAGAAACCUCACAAACCGAUCAUUUAAACAAACGUUUGUUGCAAACUUUUCUACAACGCCUUAAUGUUAUGUCCGUCGUACCCACUAACAAUACCGAACCGGAGGAGGAUAAUUCCCAAGAAUUUGAAGAUUAAUUGUUUAUAUAUUAAGUAUUACUUUGUAUUUUAAUAAAAAAAAAUUGAAACUAAAA